UUGAGAACUGUGCAGAUUGUCAACUGUGGCGGUACAGCAUGUUCGAGAAAUUGUUGUUUCAACAUGAUAGAAUUGUUAUGGAGGGUGAGGGUGACCUACAUUCGGCACCCAAAAACUGUGCAUGGCGCUACGGUAGAGAGGUGAGAGGCAGAUGACUUCCACAUGGUCCAAUGAUGACCUGUCCGCAGGAGCUAGCGGGAUGACCAAGGCAGAGGAGGACCCAGAUAGUCCGUCCAAUGAUGAUUUGUCAAAUGAUGCUGAGGGAGUGUGGUCACCAGACAUCGAACAGAGCUUCCAGGAAGCACUUGCCAUAUACCCACCUUGUGGCAGACGAAAAAUCAUUCUGUCUGAUGAAGGCAAAAUGUAUGGACGAAAUGAAUUAAUAGCCAGAUAUAUCAAACUUAGAACUGGAAAAACAAGAACCAGAAAACAGGUGUCGUCCCAUAUACAAGUGCUUGCCCGCCGAAAAGCCAAAGAGAUCCAGGCGCAACUCAAGGUACCUCAUACUAUUCCUAUGCAGGAUCAGGCAGCCAAGGACAAAGCCCUACAAAGCAUGGCCUCCAUGUCUUCUGCCCAAAUAGUGUCCGCUAGUGCUAUACACAACAAGGCCUUAGCCCAGGGGCUUGGAAUCGUCCAAAAUAUGGGAGGGGUCAGGCCGUCCUACCCCUCCCCCGGGGGACCACAGUUUUGGCAUCAGAAUUCUCUUGGACCCCAAGCAGAUGUGAAACCCCCUUUUGGUGCAUCUGGUUACAUAGAUGCCAAGCCACCAAACUCCAUGAACAAUGAGAUGGUUGCUCCAGCAUGGCAGGGGCGCUCUAUAGCUGGGCCCAAAGUUCGUCUCGUUGAGUUCUCGGCCUUCCUGGAACAGCAGAGAGAUCCAGACUCAUACAACAAACAUUUAUUUGUCCACAUUGGUUCAAACCCGACAUAUUCUGAUCCCAUGCUGGAGGCUAUUGACAUUCGACAGAUUUAUGACAAAUUUCCAGAGAAAAAGGGUGGGUUGAAAGAAUUGUAUGACAAAGGACCACAGUCAGCAUUCUUCCUCGUGAAAUUCUGGGCGGAUAUCAAUACAAAUGUUCAGGAUGAGGCUGGAGCAUUUUAUGGAGUUACGAGUCAGUAUGAGAGUAGUGACAACAUGACCAUCACAUGUUCAACCAAAGUGUGUUCAUUUGGGAAACAGGUCGUUGAAAAAGUUGAGACAGAAUAUCCACGGUUUGAGAGUGGUCGUUUCGUGUACAGAAUUCACAGGUCUCCCAUGUGUGAAUACAUGAUCAACUUUAUCCACAAACUUAAACACUUACCUGAAAAAUACAUGAUGAACAGUGUUCUGGAAAACUUCACGAUUCUACAGGUGGUUAGCAACAGAGAGACGCAGGAGACGCUUUUAUGUACAGCCUACGUGUUUGAGGUGUCGACCAGUGAGCAUGGAGCGCAGCACCACAUAUACAGACUGGUCAAAGACUGACUGACCACCUCAAGUGAUAUGGACAUUUAGUGAACAUUUCACUUUAACUACAGCAUUUAAGUGCCACAGUCAGAAAUGACUGUUUCAGAGUUGUCUCCUCAUGACUUCUUGUUGAGAAACAUCUGAAAAACAUUGGUUCAGAGUUAUUUCCUAGUUACUUCCUGUAGAAUUGUGAAGGUUGUCUUUCCUUUGAGGAAGAUCAUGUCUUGGUGACCUUUGAGACAUGUUAGGAAGAUAAGGUAGGGUCAUAUCUCUGUUUCCAAGUCCAAAGUCUGGACACUGUCAGAGCUCUCCAAUCACCUUGGGAACAGACAAACAGUAUUUCCAUCACAAAAACCGCAGAAUUAUAUCAAAGAAAUCAUUUUAUAAAAGGUUGUAAAAUGUAAGCUACAAGCUGAUAGGUCUAUUAUGGAAAAAUAAUUACUCAGUCUGUGUGUAGGAAUAUCUGCAAUGAAGUUCCUGCUGAAGAAUGUCUGACCAGCGAUGAGAUUCCUGCAUAAGAAUAUCUAACCAGUGACAAGGUUCUUGCGUAAGGAUAUCUUGACCAGUGAUUAGGUUCCUGUGUAAGGAUGAGGUUCUUGCGGAAGGAUAUCUGACCAAUGACAAGCUUCUUGCCUGAGGAUAUCUUGAUCAGUGAUUAGGUUCCUGUGUAAGGAUAUCUGACCAGUGAUGAGGUUCCUGUGUAAGGAUAUCUGACCAGUGAUGAGGUUCCAGUAUCAGGAAAUCUGACUAGUGACAAGGUCCUUGCGUAAGGAUAUCUGACCACUGAUGAGGUUCCUUCAUAAGGAUAUCUGACCAGUUAUCAGGGACUGUGUAAGAAUAUCUGGCCAGUGAUUAGGUUUCUGUUUGAAGAUAUUUUACCAGUGACAAGGUUCCUACAUAAGGAUAUCUGAUCAACGAUGAUCCAUUACUUUGUUGUGAUGCAAUAAUUAUACACACAUAUAAUGUGUAAUGUCACAAGAAGGCAACAUACUGUUAUUACAUAGGGGCUCAGUUGUUUGAAGCAUUGUUAACUUUACAACAUUUUAUUCCCCAAACAAUUUUUCUCAAGAAAAGAAUUGUUAAAGAUCAUUUUUAGAUAAGAUUGUUUAUUAGGUCAAAGUUAAAGGGUCAAAGGUCACAUAUGGCAACUUCUGCAAAUUUAUUUAACAUUAAUAAUAAUAAAUUAGUACUUGUAUGAAUGAGAACAGGUUAGUCAUGUCUUACAGACAUUUUGUUAUAGACAGUUGCUAAUUCUAUUGUUUAUUUAAAAAAAAAAAAAUAUUACAUCAGUAUGUUAACAAUGAUUUGAACAAUUUGGCUCAAGUGACAUGUAGACCUCCCACCAAUUUUAUAAAAUCAAAUAGAUAUAUUUUUGUUAGCAUUGAUUGUAUAGAUGGCAAAGGAGGCCUAUGUUAUUGUAGUUUAUUUGUUAUCAUGAGAAUUAGUGUAUGAAUAUUGAUGAGAUCAUUUGAAUUCAUGAUUAUUAAUGGUUACUUAUGCAUAUUCAAGUCACAAUGGAAUAUUAUUGUUUGAUUUGUUUACAAAAGAAAAUGUUAUUUUUAACAAACAUGUUGGAUGACGGUGCUUUAAAAGAGGACUAUGUAUUAGGUAUUGUAAGGACUUUUCACCUGUUUAUGAUCUCAGAUUUAUCAUGUGUACAAUUUACCAUAAUAUAUCAGAUUUACCAUACUUAACUAACACUUAAAUAUAUCAUACCUGUCAGGUAAACCCAACCACACAAGGUAAACCAAACCAGAUCAAGUUUAGUCAACCAGAUUACAGCAAAUAUAUGCAACUACACCAGGUACUCCCAACCACACCAGGUACCUCAACUACAUAAAGUGAACCUAGCCACAUCAGGUUUACUCCACCACACCAAUGAUACUCUACCACACUAGGUGUACCUUCAGGUAUACCCUACCUCACAAGGUAUAACUCACCACACCAGGUGUACCCUUCAGGUAUACCCUACCACACAAGGUAUAACUCACCACACCAGGUGUACCCUUCAGGUAUACCCUACCACACAAGGUAUAACUCACCACACCAGGUGUACCCUUCAGGUAUACCCUACCAAACCAGGUAUAACUCACCACACCAGGUGUACCCUUCAGGUAUACCCUACCACACAAGGUAUAACUCACCACACCAGGUGUACCCUUCAGGUAUACCCUACCACACAAGGUAUAACUCACCACACCAGGUGUACCCUUCAGGUAUACCCUACCAAACCAGGUAUAACUCACCACACCAGGUGUACCCUUCAGGUAUACCCUACCACACAAGGUAUAACUCACCACACCAGGUGUACCCAUUGGGUAUACUCAACCACACCGCUCUUCUGGAUUUUCUUUUACAAAAUGUAAACAUUGAUUUUCAUCAUUCUUAAAGAAUUACAUGUACUUUUAAUUAAUAUCUAAUAUAAUUCAUUUUCAAUUAAACAUUUGUUUUAUCAUUGGUAAGAGGAAUACCAGUGUAUUGACAGAAGCUAUAUAUAAACUGAUCAUUGGAGAAGUUCAGAGUCGCAUGUUGAUAGAAGUCCUGGUGUAGCACUGAUUAAGAUUAUGAUGAUAGGUAUGCUGUAACACUGACUAGCCAGUGUAUGAAGUAUCAGAUAGAGUGUUAAUGAUAUUAAUGUAGUGGUUUCAGUGGCGAUUAGCUUUAACCUAGUGGAUUUUUUUCCCCAAGUUUUAGAUAUUUAAAGAUAGCAAAUCAUUUCCUGCAUUGUUACUGAAGAGUGAUAAGAGAACAAAUUUCUGUUUCAUUUCACUAGAUUAACAAAGGGUUGUUUCGUCUUUUCCUAAUGCAGAGUUAUCUGCUCUUGUGAGCAGAUAUUGAUUAUUACAGGAGUUGUGAAAACAACAAGAUUUUCUUGUAUAAACUAAAAAUGAUACAAUCACCACCUGCUCACAAGAGCAGAUAACUCUACAUCAUGAAAAGAUAGAAUAGUUCAUGUAUAGUCUUGUGAAUUCAUGAUUUUACCAUGUGAAAUGCUGUACAUGGGAAACUGCACAUAUAUAUACUUUAUACACAUCAAUCAGGGAAAUACUCCGCAAUGAAACACCCAAAGAUUUGAAUCGGUAUUCAGUCUGGAAAUAUUUUCUCUUAUGCCUCGUUUUUAAAAAUGGAAUUCAUUAUGAGUCCUGAUUAAUUACAUCUAAGAAUGAAUUAGUUCAAAAUGUAUGGGAAAAAAGUAAAACUGAAGUGUUACUCAUUCAGACGAUUGGUGCCUAGGACAACAAAGUUAUAUUGUGGUAAAAUAUUGUUACUGAAUACUUAAAAAGCACUUUAACUUUAUGAAGCUUAUGUUAAUGUUUAAGAUUUUCAACUUGAAUAUCAUUUUUAUGAAAGUGAAAAAAUUAGAAUUUUAAUUCAAGUUCGACUUUGAACUUUUUUCUGACCAUUGUUAAACUCAUUGUAAUUUAACAUUGAUUUAGUUUUAGCUUUUGAUGUCUUUAUCACUUUGUGGUACAAAUUAUGUAUUUCAUAGAAAAAUUAUAUAAAACCAAAGUUGAUUUUAACCAAGUUAUACUUUUGUUUCAGGAAAACCUAUACCAUGAAGGAUGUACAGUGCUUGUACUAAUACAGUAGAUAUAUAUGCACAUCCUUACUUAUUUAGUCCAUUCUUAAUGUUUAUUCUUUAAAAAUAUUACUGCAGGAAGUUUUACUCUUCUUUAUACUCUUGUGUCUUAAAACUUGCAACACAAAUUUAAUAAGAUGUUUUUACUGAAUGUUUGUAAACUUGUAUGUUAUUUAAAACUGCCUUAUAAAUAGUCCGCCCAUCAGAUCACAAAACUAUCACAUUUAUAUUUCAGAAAGAGUUGUUUUCAUUUUCAGCUACAGGAGAUGUUUGUGAUUAUAUAUAUAUCGUAAUGUUGUAACUUGGUGAACUAUUUGAUACGAUCCCAAAACCUUAACCACUCUAAAUUGAACAAAAGUUCACUCUCUUGGAGAUUGAAUCUAUUAAAACCUUACAUAUGGUAGUUUCAAGACUACAAGUGAAGUUGUAUAAAUAUAUAAGGUUGUUUUUAAAUCUAAAUGUCAUAUACUACAUAUCAUCUAUAUCUAAACUAAAGACUUUUACCUCUGACAGUUGUAUAAAUGUACCAUUGAUAAUCUGUUUUCCCUCUAACUUUUUUUUAAUUUUCCUAUGUCAUGCAUUUUCUGUGUCCUUAGAAUUAAUUUAUCUUCAUGUGACAGACAUAUAUGAACUUAGGCAUCUAAGAAUGGAAUAAAGUGUUGUAUUCUAAACCAUUAGCAAUCAUUUCAAAUAAGAUAUGGAAUGUUGUAAAAUGAUAUAGUGUUCUAGUAAUUUAUCACACAACAUUGAAAUGUUUAUAAUUAACACAUGUUGCUGUAUGAUCUUUGUACAUAUUCACCCAAGUUGCUGAUCUACACAUUUGAAUUUUUAUCAGAAAUGUUAAUAUAUAUAUGAUGAAAUGGUCGUCGUUUGGUGCAUUUUAUUCAUUUUUAUCAUCAGUCUUCAUAAAAGACCAUUAAUAAAUCAUUUUAUUUAUGCAGAAUUUGAGAGUUUUAAACUUCUCAAAACAAAUGGUGGAAUCUUUGAACAUCAACAAGCUGACUUUUCAAAAAUACAUCUAGAACAGGUUAUAAUAAAACUUUUAGGAAAAAGAUUAAAGAUUUUUUAAUUAGAAACAUUUUAUAUUGAUCAACUGUCUACUGUGUUGCCAGUAAUUGUGAUCACUUAGUGCCUUGUGUGUACUCACAGCCCUCCAUCCAGAUGGUGUCCAUACACACAACAGCGUCCAGUCAUGGCAGUGAUAGUCACUAUUGCUUAGUUGAUGACAAAUUAUUUUAUUUAAAAGAUAUACAAAUUUAAAUCUAGAUUUACACAUUUGAAUUGUAUCAAAUUUUAUCUGUCUUUUUUCAAUGAGAAAAGUGAAAGUUGCAUGUUUAUAGAGUGUAAAAUACAAAUUUCUAAUUUUUAGGAGAUAAUGAUCCUAUUAAUGAAAUGUUGUUGAUUGAAAUAUUUUACAUGUUUUGAUUACGAGUAUGCAAUAGAUUUCUCUGUGGCCAAAUAUGAAAGUUUAUUAUAAUGUACUGCUAGGUACAAGAAGAAUUAUGAGAAAGUCUUACUAUUGAAAUACUGUUUAGGAGUAACAUUGUUUUAAAUAUUUUGCUGUGAAAAUAAGCAAUAUUAUGUGUUUAGAUCAAUUUUGUACAUUUUUGAUGAAAUGAGUUUGACUUGUAGUAGUCAUUUUUUAUGUUUAUCUUAAUAUUGAUUUUAAAUUUGAUAACCAUUUUAAAAUGUUAUUUGUGUGUUCUGUUUUGUGGUUUCAUUAAUUUCAAAUAUUUUUCAAAGUAUUGAUUUUCAAAAGGAGAAUAAUUUGAUAAUAUUAAUUUCAAACCGUCUGUUCACCAAUGUGAUCAGUUAUUAAAGGGACAUAACUCUUACUGACAUAAUGAGAGACCAGUAUUACUGGUAAUUAUGUAGUGCUACAGUUUAAUGUAUGUGAUACAAAACCUCAAAUUGAUGCAGAUUUUCUUGCCUUACUUUAAAACUUCUGUCUAAUCUUUUUAUACAUGACAAUACAAGCCUACAGCUGUGACUGUCAGUUUUUGAAAUGUUUCUAGGUUUUUUGUUAUGAACAUGAAUUGGUUAUGUAAUUUUGAACAAGAGGUGUUUGACAUUAAGAGAUAUGAACACAUUGUAAAAUCUGUUCAGUUAUUUGCAAGCUGUAUAUUGCAUGUCUUAAAGAGUCUCUGUAAUGCUUGAUAACAAUCUGCAGAAAUAAAGAAAAAAGAAGUAUCGGUGCUGAAUUUGAAUAUGCAAAUUACCUUUUGUAUUUCUGCUGUUAACAGAAUACAUCUUUGUGUUUAAUGAAGGCGUUACUUUAAUGUUCACACGUUAUCAUUGAAGAAUAUUUCGUUACAAAGGACCUCGUCAAUUGAUAUUGCAGCCAAAUCAGAACAUUAAGAUUUUAACCAGUAAAAUUUUAAAGUGUAAUUUUGUUAAGUUUUUGCGCAUUUUUGUCUCUGCAUCAUCUGAUCUUCAAAUAAUAAGAAGUACUUAGUUUACUCUCGAGAACUAUUAAUUUUGUAUACAACGUACAUAGAUUUUCUGGGAGGGAUGGGGGAUACUCUUAUAAUCACUCUUUCAAUGAGAUACAUAAAUAUAACACAAGUUAAUAGGAACAUGUUUUCAAAUAGUUUUUCUUGAAGAAGUUGUCAUUAACACUGAUAAUGAAUAUUGACAAAUGUUUUAAUAUGUUAGGCUAAGGGUAUGACUUGUCACAUUUACAACUAAGAACCAACCUGUCUAGGUAUAAACACUGCUUGUAUCUUACACCUGUUUCCACUGAAAUGUGUGGAGUUGUAUGUUUAUGGUUGGAUAAAGUUUAUUUUUAUUAAUAUUUCAUGUUAGCUAUGAGUUUGUUGUACAUUAAGAGUUGAGAUGGCUUUGAUGGAGUUACCUCCCCAUACUAUUCCCGGUUAUGUGCCCCUGAUGUACCUGGUUACAGCCCCCAUUGUCCCCUUAGUCUCUUGUACAGGUCCAGCCAAUCACCUUAUACUUUUUGAAUGGAGCUUUGUUUUUCUGCUAUACUUUUGUACGAAAAACAACAGAAGAUAAACUAAAGUAUUAAAAAUGAAAUAAUUUUGUGAUA